AGGGGGAGAAUUUCUUCCUCCAUUGUUACAUUGUAACAAACGGGGCCGGGGCGGAACGAGAAGAACCUGAAGGCGUCUUCUCGUUUCUACAUCUGCAACGUUCUCACCGACGGAGAGAAGUCCCAAAUCUGAAGAAGAGGAAGAGGAAGAGGAAGAAGAAGAAGAAGUAGUAAGCACCGCCGACCGAAGCGCCCCGGUGAGCAGGAUAAGCGAACACAGAUGUCAGCGGAUUUCUCCAUCGCAGCUCCUCUCCACCAGAUAAGACUCGUUCGUGUUAUUGAUGCACAGAAUCGUUGGGAGAUAAAUCUCAGCUGGUCACAUGACGCCCCCGCUGUGCUUCUCUCAGGGGCGUGCAGCAGCUCGCGCACACAGAUCCGGCUUUCUUCGGGAGCGUUCACUGUGCAGAACAAUGAGCAUGGAGCAUAAGUAGCCUCGUACAGUCGGGUAGAAGUGUUGCACGUUGACAAGCUUCCACACACACACACACACACACACACACACACACACACACACACACACACUGCUCCACGGGCUGCAGUCUGGGGACGUUGUGGAGACACACACACACACACACAGGGCGUUGGGAGAUUGAUGAGCAGCUCGCAUUGGAGAGAGGAGCGACCUGCGAGCUGCUUGGAACAAGGGUCCCUGCUUCUGCCCCAGACAGUGAGUUUCCAUGGAGGCAGGUUCGUCCCUCAGCCUCAAACGCAGAUAUGAAGAGGUGGACCACAGCUCUCCAUUCUCCACUCCUAAAGACUCUGACGAGGACAUCUCCAGCAGCGACAGCGCGGACAGCUGCGACAGCCUCAACCCCCCCUCCAGCGCUACAUUUACCCGUAAGGAACAGCAGGAGACACUCCUUAAAGCCACCUCCAUCCUCAGACAGCACAAGCCGUCUCCGGGGGGGAAGCGGGUGCGUUUCGAUGUGGUGACGGUGUACUACUUCCCCCGGCGGCAGGGCUUCACCAGCGUGCCCAGCCAGGGGGGCAGCUCCCUGGGCAUGGCCCGGCACCACUCCUCCAUCAGACGCUACACGCUGGGCGAGUUCGCCCGCGAGCAGGAGAGCAGCCACCGGCACACUCUGCAGCAGCACCUGCGCCAGGAGAAGCUCAACGCCCGCAAGAUGAAGCUGACGAGGAACGGCACGGUGGAGUGCGCUCAGGCCGACCUGCUGACUCUGGAGGACGUGUCUGACGAGGACCUGGACGUGGACGGGGUGGAGGUGGACGACUGCUUUUUCCUCCAGCCGCUGCCCACAAAGCGCCGCCGAGCCCUCCUGAGAGCCUCUGGCAUCGCCCGCAUCGACGCUCGGGAGAAAGCGGAGCUCAGGACCAUCCGCCUGUCGAGGGAGGAGUGCGGCUGCGACUGCCGCCUGUACUGCGACCCCCGGCACUGCGGCUGCAGCCAGGCCGGCAUCAAGUGCCAGGUGGAUCGAAUGUCGUUCCCGUGCGGCUGCUCUCGGGACGGCUGUGGAAACGCAGCGGGCCGCAUCGAGUUCAACCCUCUGCGUGUCAGAACGCACUACCUGCACACCAUCAUGAAGCUGGACCUGGAGAAGAGGAGGAUGCUCCUACAAGGCGCCGGGGACCAGUAUGCUGAAUCUGACCACAUGUCCUCCCCCUCCUCCUGCCCCACCUCUCCCGCCCUCUCCUCAGCCGCUGGCCUGGACUCGGAACUGGAGGAGAGCGAGGCACAGAUGGUGGUGGAGGUUCAGGAUCUCCUGGCAGAGCAGGACAUCCUGGAGCGGGAGAACGAGACAGCCGUGUUGCACCUGCAGAGCGCGGAGGAGCAGGAGAGGAGGGAGCGGGAGGAGGCGGAGGGGGAGGAGCUGGGAGCCGGGGGCCUCACGGAGCAACCUCUCUGCCUGCUGCCCGAGCAGGCCGACGUGGAGCAGGUCCUUCUGCAGGGGCCGUUCCCCACAGGGACCACGGUGCUCUGCAUCACUGACAACCAGGAGGAGAGCCCCUCUGAGCUCCUCAAAGACUCCUCGUCUCUGCUCUACUACCAGCUCAGCCCCAUCGAGCCGGGAGCCUUCGAGCCCCGAGCGGAGGAGGAGGAGGAACAAGAUGAGAGCCUGGCGGAGUCGGGAGGAGAGAAGCCCGACGAGAGGAGCUGCAGGCAGAGUUUGGGGAAGUCUCUGAGCGACGUGAUGCUGUGCUCGGAGGAGUGCGUGGCGGCCGUGGAGCAGAGCCUCCCUGAAGGCCCGUGCCAGCGGGAGUCGUGCGCGGAGUCGUGCGCGGAGGCGACGGUGAACCCGAUGCCGCCUGAAGUUUAGCUCCAGCUGCUCUGCAGAUGUUUUGCACAAUAGCUUCAUCCAAGAUGAAAAAAGAUAAUUACACAUUUCACAUUUAUUACUGCUAUCAUCCAGAAUUAUUACAGGUUGCAAUGUCCUUGUGUGG